AUGCGAAACCUCAAGAUUGUAGCAAGAUCGCUCCUGCGAUUUUCCGGAGACGAGCCACUACCGUUAACGGCGACUGCAUGGGACGCCGCAUCAAAUGCGCUGGUAUGCGCCUUCGGCCCUUCGGAAUCACGUGCGACCAUCGAACUCAAGAGACUGCAUCAUACUCGCAACGGUGUCGAGGAAAAGCUUGAAAGCAUCGCAUCGUGGGAUGCGCCAUGCCCGCUGCCCUCGCUUACCCAUGACUCAAUCUUGAGCCUGCACCAUUUCGCCGACACUUCGACAUCAUGUUUGAUUCUGGCCGGAGGAGACAUCGUGCUCGUGCGAGAGGACCCAUCAUCUACAGAAGAGCUAGUUGAGAUCGUGGGCUCAGUCGAUGCCGGUAUCUCUGCUGCGGCGUGGUCACCAGAUGAAGAACUUCUCGCCAUCACCACACAGGCGGACACUUUACUAUUGAUGAGCCGCGAUAUCGAAAACAUUGCGAGUAUCAAUCUCACCCCCGAAGAUGUCAACGUCUCCAGUCAUGUCUCUGUGGGUUGGGGAAAGAAAGAGACACAGUUCAAGGGCAAACGAGCCAGAGCACUGCAAGAUCCAACAGUGCCAGAAAGUAUCGACGAGGGUGUACUGAGCCCAUUCGACGAUCGCUCUGUCACGAUAAGCUGGAGAGGUGACGGCGCAUGGUUUGCAGUAAGCAAGGUCGAGGAAGAACGCCGUCGCAUGAUCCGCGUCUACUCCCGGGAAGGACAGCUGGACAGUGUGAGCGAGCCCGUGGACGGCCUUGAAGGAGCUCUCAGUUGGCGACCAUCAGGUAAUCUGAUUGCGAGUACCCGUCGCACCGAAGAUAAGAUUGAAGUGGUGUUCUUCGAGCGCAAUGGUCUUCGCCACGGCCAAUUCGAUCUUCGAUUUACCCCGGAAGAGCUUGCAGCCCUCUCGAUUCCGUUAACACUCAAGUGGAAUAGCGAUUCCAACGUGUUAGCUGUAUCAUAUCCUGGCAAAGUACAACUUUGGACGAUGAGUAAUUACCACUACUAUCUCAAGCAAGAACUUCGAUUUCCGGACGCUGGUCCUCGAACAGUCAUAUGUAGCUGGCAUGCUGAGCGUCCGCUUGUAGUAGCUUUGUCAACUCCAGUAUCCCUGAAACUCACACCACUUCGCAUCGCGAAUGUGCCACCUCCCAUGUCACUUCACACUCUGGGUCUCGACUCAAAACCAAUGGACGUAGCGCUUUCAAAAUCUGGCAAUCGCUUGGCAGUGCUCUCCGACAGCGACCUUGCUGUGUAUGCUCUCGAUCUCAACAAGCGGCCUAUACCCAAGCCUAGUCUCCUCUGGCGCAGUGAUGCGAUAAGUCAUGGCUCACCACGCCACGUCACGUUCUUUGGUGAGGAUCAGAUCUUCGUACUAGCAGACAGCUGGGACGAAGAGGAAAGCUCGCUCUGGCAGUCCGAAGGCGAUGUGCUACUACCCCAAGGACACAUAAUGGAGACCGAGAACGUGUCCCUACUUUUGUCCAACGUUCAUCAAGAAACGCCGUACAUCGAGUUUCAAAAUGGUGCCCUCCAUCAGGUCGUUGUAGAUGAGCUGAGAUCGGAUUGUGCUCCCCUGACGCCUUUCGUGCAUAGGUUUCCUUCAUUUGCGCUCGAGGUUCAAGUGAUCGAUGUUGAAGGCCAGACAUUGGCAUUUGGAUUAACAAAGAGUGGAGUACUAUACGCUAACGAGCGCAUUCUGGUCCGCAACUGCACGUCUUUCGUGAUUACCACUGCGCAUCUCAUUUUCACGACGACACAACAUUUACUCAAGUUUGUGCAUCUUGCAAGUGCAGAUGAACUCGAGGUACCCGCAGACGAGCCACAAAAGGAUGAGAGAUGCAGGAGCAUCGAAAGAGGAGCAAAGAUCGUUACUGUGAUGCCUACGACAUACUCAGUCGUGUUGCAGAUGCCAAGAGGUAAUCUUGAGACGAUCUAUCCGCGAGCGCUUGUGCUUGCUGCCAUCCGUCGCAACAUUGAGGCAGAGCGUUACGAUGAAGCCUUCUUUGCUUGUCGUAAUCAGCGCGUCGAUCUCAACAUACUUCAUGACCACGAUCCGGAGCGGUUCAUGGCGAGCCUGGAGAAGAUUAUUUCACAGAUCAAAAAGAUCGAACAUAUUGACUUGCUCCUGGCGCAGCUCCGUAACGAGGACGUGUCGGAGACCAUGUACAAGGAAACGUUGAAGACGAAAGAUCUGGCUACGAAGCCAAAGCUCUCCCUAGACCAAGUCGAGAACAAAGUAAACCGGAUAUGCGACGCUUUCCUGGCCGUGUUAGAGAAGUCUCAGUAUAAAGACGCGCACCUGCAAAACAUCAUCACAGCCCAUGUUUCCAAGACACCACCAGCUCUGGAAACAGGUCUUGCUAUGAUAGGUCGCCUACAAGCAUCUAGCGAUCCCCUCACUGAGAAGGCUGCCGAACACAUAUGCUUCCUUGCAGACGUCAACCAACUAUACGACACAUCUUUGGGACUGUACAACCUUGACCUCGCCCUGCUCAUCGCUCAACAGUCACAAAAGGAUCCGCGAGAGUAUCUGCCACACUUGCAAUCUCUACAAGAUCUGUCCGAAACUCGUCGCAAGUUCAAGAUUGACGACCAGCUCGGAAGAAGAGCGAAAGCGCUCAUGCAUCUCAAGGAUCUUCAGGCCUACGAUGAGGUACAAGACUAUGUGCAAAAGCAUGAUCUCUACCCUGAAGCCUUGAGCAUGUACCAAUACGACAGCACCCGUCUGAAGGAAAUCAUGAGGUUGUACGCAGACUUCUUGAGUACUAACAACAAGAACAAAGAAGCUGCAUUGGCGUACGAAUACCUCAACGAUCAUGCCUCCGCUUGGCCAUGCUACCGUUCAGCCAACCUCUGGCGUGAGGCUUUGUCGUCUGCUAUUCUCGCCGACGUAAGCGCGGAUGAACUCUCAAGCAUUGCGACAGAUCUUGCAGAAGGUCUCACAGAAUCCAAAGACUACCUGUCAGCUUCAUCAAUAACACUCGACUACCUCUCCGACCUUGCGUCCGCGGCACGUCUCUUAUGCCGAGGCUGCCAUUUCGCCGAAGCAAUUCGCAUCGUCACACUCCGACGCGAGCCCAGCCUCAUCACCGAAGUCAUCGACCCCGGCCUCGUCGAGCGCAGCGCAGACAUGACAGAGUUCCUCGCCGACAUGAAGGGUCAACUGCAAGCACAAGUACCUCGACUCAAGGAACUCAGGGCCAAGAAAGCAGAGGAUCCGCUGGCAUUCUACGAAGGCAUGAUCGACGGUCCUGCCGAUGCCAACAUUCCCGACAAUAUUUCUCUGGCGCCCACAGAUACAACGAGUGGUGGCACGUUCAUGACCAGGUACACAAACCAGACUGGUACCGUGAACACAACAACUACGCGCAAGACAAGCAAGAACAAGCGGAGAGAAGAGAGGAAGCGUGCGCGCGGUAAGAAGGGUACAGUAUACGAAGAAGAGUAUCUUACCAACUCCAUCGAACGCCUCAUAGAGCGCAUCAACAGCAUGCAAGAAGAAAUCCAACGUCUUGUUGAGGGUUUAGUCAGACGGGGUAUGAGAGAGCGUGCUGAUGCUGUGUCCAACGCUGUCAACGAGGUCAUGGAACGGUGUCAAGAUGCUAUCAAGGAGAUGUAUCCACCUGUGGCUGCAGGGAGCUCGGAAGGUAUCAAUGGGGCACCGAUUGGAGUUGAGGGCGAGGCGAUGAAGCCUACGGGCGGGGAUGCGACUUUAUGGGAUAGCUUGCAGGAGGUUGGAAAGAAGAGGGAGGCGCCUGUCGUGAAGAUGUUUGAGAGGCUUAGCCUUUUGGGAUAG